AUGAAAUUAGUCGCUAAUUUCGGUACUUUACUUCCAUCUAUUAGUUUAUUAGAAAAAUAUGGUGUUCUUCAUAAAUUAGGAUUUAAAUUAAUUGAAAUUCCUAAUCCAUAUACAGAAGAAGCAGAAAAAUUAUUACUUGAAAGCCAAAAAUAUGGAAUGAAACACAUAUUAAUAAAUGCUCCUGCAGGUAAUAAUAAAGGUAUAGCUAUUAAUGCUUCAAAAUCUGAGAUGGAAGAAUCAAUUAAUAUUGCAGUAAAAUAUGCAAAUAUUUUAGGUGUUAAAAAGGUACAUGUAAUGGCUGGUGUAAUUGAUGAUAAGAAUAUUUGUAAAGAAAUAAUUCAUGAAACAUACGUCAGAAAUUUAAAAAUAGCAAAUAAGAUUUUAGAAGAGAAUAAUAUUGAGUGCCUAAUAGAGCCCAUAAAUAAUUAUACUGUUCCAGGAUAUUUUCUUUCUUCCUACCAACAAGCUCUAGAUAUUAUAAAUAUGGUGGACUCUGAAAAUAUUAAAAUAUUAUAUGAUCUUUUUCAUGCACAACAAAUUCAGGGUCAGCUAAUACAAUUUGCCAUAUCUAAUAUGUCAAAAAUAGGGCACCUUCAAGGGGCACAAGUUCCAUCUCGUGGAAUAUUUAUAAAAGAUGGAGAGAUAAACUAUCCAUAUGUAUUAUCUGAAUUAGGCAAAAUAAAUUGUAACUGGAUGAUAGGGGCUGAGUGUUUUUUGGAGGCAGAUGACAUCAAAAAAUUGAUAAAUAAAAAUUAUGAUGGCAUUGAAAAUUUUUCAUUUAUGAAUGAAUGGCUUACUAAAUGUAAUCUUGAAUUAUAA